CAAACUACAACAACCACCGUCCAGCCUGUCCAUAUCUCCAGAUCAAGUGCACCAAUAUCAAUAUCACAAACAUAUCGUACGAGGAUCAUAUUUUGCCAUGGCCUCCGCUGCGUUCUAGACGGCUUGAGAGGCCCCUUCAAAGGGUCUCUCUUCCUCUUCUCACCAGGCAGCCCAAGCAAAUCCUCGUUUACGAUAUCGAUACUCUUUCGAGAGCUCUACCGCGUAGGAGCUCGUCAUCACUUACUGCUCUCGAAAUUGCCUUGCACUACAUCUAAGAAAGCACCGACGAGUCCUCUGCGACUGGAGGUGUUUUGGACGACUUCUCACCUUCGGGACGGCUAUCCGCUCACCCUCGACCUUCCUCCUCCCGCCUUCCCCUUCCCUUUUUACUCCUCCGCCCCAAUACCUAGCAAUAUUUCCAAGUCAAUAUUUGCUCCUCUAUCGUCAUGUCUCGCCUUUACACCCGCAACAAUCGUGGCCGCCAGUCUAUGCUUGGAUCUGUACCAAAAUUUCCCAACCUCAAACAACGUCCGGUCGACACCCCCCGCCCACCCAACACGAACACGAACAAGAACAAGAACACUCGCAAGUAUGGUGCGACGAAUAAGACUGCUCCAAAACGCAAAAGAACUGUGAGCACAUCCUCCGAGUCCUCGUUGACGGAUCUUGGUACCGAGACGGGGGACGAAGCCUCAGAUGAAGAAAGCGAAGAGGAGGAUGCUGAUGAAGAAGAUGACCUGCCGGCUGUCUCCGCCCCGUCUCGUUCUCGUAUCUUGAACGGGACGGGGCGCAAAUUCCCCUAUUUUGACAGAGACGACGUUUCCGUGGCCCCUAGUGUGGACAGCAUGUUCGGAGACUACGAAAAUUACUACGAUGAAGAUGAUGACCCAACCCUGUCACCUGAGGAAAAUCGCAAACGCUUUGAAAAUCAGAUCUUCGCUGACUCGGACGAAGAAAUCGAUGCCUAUCAGGCAGUCGAUGAGAUUAGCGACUCUGACGACGGGCUGGAUGAAGGGCGCAUUGCGGAACAAGAACUGCUCGCAAUGUUGUCUGAGGAGGCCAACAGUGAUGCGGACCUCCUCCUCAACCAGAUCGACGGCUUGUCCGCUUAUGGAUUUGGUGAUGACAGUGAUGCUAAUAGCAUCCAACGCUAUCCAUCGUCUCAAAGUGAAGGUGGCAUCGAUGCAGGUGUUGAGCGGCAUGUGCAUUUCGCUGUAGACAGUGACCCGUCUCUUUUCUUGCGCAUGUCAGAGUCUCCGACCAUUACUCGUGCAUUGCUUCCAUCAGCACUACCCGAGCCCAGCUCUUCAAUUCACAUGGCUGUUCAACGCUCUUUGGGCCUGGUCGACGACCUGGAUGACUCCGACCUCACCGAUGAUUGCUUACCAGAGGAGGCGCAUUCAAACAUACCCCAUGCUGCUGAACCAGAAAAUGAACGAUCUCCACCUGCCGCUACACCAUCCAAAAAAUCCGCGAAAAAGGCGCCUCAACGUCGAGGUCCGCCUCGUGGUAUCUUCAUCGACGAUGGCAACAAGACGUCGGGCAUUCUCGAUCCCUCAGGCAAGAUCAUCCUCAUGACCAACCCACACUUGCUUGGAGAAGAGUUUGCUCGUCGUUAUGGAGCGUCUCAGACAUCUAGUCCGGAUGUAGGCUUCGCUGAACUCAUUGACGAUAGCGACGUUGGUGAUCUUGAUUCAGGUGCCGGAGUCUUUGGCGCUCCAGGUGCUGACAUCAUGUUGGCCAGCCUCAACUCUGCUAUCAAUGACCCAUCCAACCCAGGCCAGGCCAUCGGCCCUCUAGAAGCGUUCUAUCCUUCCAGCAGCUUUGUGUUUGGAGCUUAUGCGAUUGAUCCGGAUGACCUGGAGGAGAACUUCCAACCGGAUGAAGACAUGGGAGAAGAUGUUAUCAAUCUGCACGACGUCAUCAAGUUCGACGAUGAGACGGACGAUAGUGACGCCCCGACAUCACCUAUCUUCAUGCCUCCAACUCGUGAGCUCUCUGGCUUUGGCAAUACGGACAACUCCUUUGCCUCAUUCAACAACAAUAACAUCACGGCUUUCCGGCGCAACGCGGAUCCGGCAUUCGCUGCUCUCAACAAUACGCCGUCAUUCCGCGAUGUUGAGCUCUUCAGCUCACCUUUUGCCACACCUGGAGCGAAUCGGCGCAAACGGAAGAACCAUGCAUCUCCGUACACUUCUUCCCAUUACAAGGGAGUGACACCAGUGCAACGAAUGUGGGAUCCAAGUCAACCCCAAACUCCCGAGGCAACAACUCCUUCUGCUGGCAAAAGGCGCAGGAUAAUGAUUUGAUGAGAUUAUGAUGGACAUGAUCUUGUCUCAAACAUGUCGACUUUUUCUAUGGGCAGACCUAAUUUCAGGCGAGCCAUGUAUGAACGUGGAUCAAACAUAUGGCGUUUAUCUAUCCUGAGACGAGCUGUUCCUUUCCGUCAUUCGUGUUUGCUUCUCGUUAUCGCAGGAAGAGAAAAGGUCGAACGGAGCACGAGCUUAUGAAAAUGCCCAAGAGAUGGGUUGCUCAUGAGAUACAUGGCAUCGGGGAAAAGGGUUUUCAUUCAAUCAUUUGUUAUGCGGUCUUGACGACAAGGGGGCCAAAGUGUUAUUUUCAAUGGGAUUCACAGCGUCUUUAGAUACCAGCAGCAAUUGCUACGAUCAAUGAUAAAGUAUUUCGACGAAUA